GUAGAUUUUGUGCUGAUGUCGGAUCUUUUGUGCUCUUUGGACAACGCAAAACAAGCAAACAAGCUUAGUUCCGCUGUAGUGCCGUUACCCGUGCAACGGAGCCACAAUCCAAACAUUUGACGAUGGAAGACCUGGAAAAGACACUGAAGAGUCUCCCUGAACUACUGCGACAGCGAGAAGAAGCGCUAGCGGAAAGGGAGCGAGAGGUGAAGAAGCUACAACAGGAUUUGGAGAAAGAGCACCCAAAUCUUGGGAAGCCUUCGGACGUCUUGCGGCUGAACGUUGGAGGAAGGAGGAUCGAUGUCCUUCGCAGGACACUGAUUCAAGUGGAGGGGUCCAUGUUGGAGUCCAGAUUUAGUGGCCGAUGGGACGACGGCUUGGACAAGGAUGUUGAUGGAAUUUUCUUUAUUGACCAGCCCCCGGAUCUCUUUCUGAUGCUUGUUGAUUUUCUCCGUGCCAAGCAGACUGAAACUCCGCUGGCAAAGUUAACCAAACCGCCCCAGGUCAACUGCGGAAAAGACGAAGAGGAUUUCAAACGAAUUGUGGAAUACUACGGUGUCACGUUGGCCGUGUAUCCCAUCGGCUUGUAUCGCUUGGAGGAGAAAACCACCCCAACCAGCCCAGAAUGGGGACUUUGUGGUCAAGGUGAAUGCAACAUCGAAGCGCAAGAAUGGACUACGUUUGCUCUGAGACCUCUGGAAGAUUGCCACGUACGGUAUAUCGAGUCCUACGAAGUGACAAUCGAACCAAGUUCAAAUGCUCAGGUCGGCUGGAUCAGUUCCUCCGAUCAGAAUAUGCCCCAGUACCGGAGUUCGGAAUCCGGACGUGGCGUUGGGUAUGGCUCUCGCAGCAUGGCACUAGAUUGCGUCAAGGCCUGUGUUGCAGUUGGAGGCGCCACGCAUAAUCUGUCUUCCAGUGUCGCACUGGGUACCGAUGGCACAUGCACAUGCACAAUUCGUUCGGAAAACCAUGGCAACCAUUGGUAUAUUGAUGGUCGCCUAGUGGCAUCCACAAGUAAGAAGGGGGGCAACGUCUCCGAGUUCACGUUGAACGAUGGUAAUGAGUGGAUUCCGGCUCUAUCAAUCAAAGGCAACUGCAGGAUUUCCAAGAUUGAGCUACAAUUGUAGCCAUAAUCUUUUCCCAACGAAUGGGAAACACCGUUACUAUCACUACUGACAGCACCAUUGAUGACACACCAUUCCAGACACCAUUUCAAGCAGUCGGUCGCUUCCUCAUUCUUAAUCUACUAGUAGAGGAAGAAUGUCGUCAUUUCAUGCUGCUGUUUGGUUGUUGUCUUCCACCGUGU